AUGAUCACUCAGACAAAAUAAAAAAAAAGCCAUGUAAUUAUUUAGUAAAGGGUGAUAUUUGGAAAAAACAAACAAAAAAAAGAUUAUUUCAUCUUCCAAAUAAUAGAAGCAUUUUAAAACCACUGACACUACACUGUAGAUUUAAGGGAGGAAAAUACAUAAUAUAUCUUUUUUUGAUCAAGAUCUUUUAUUGAAGUUUUCUCCAUAUAAUACAAGUGCAGAGCUGAAUGGUCAUUAAAGAAAUCUUAAGUAAGCAUGAGUGUAAAUUAAACGCAGCUAGCACCAUAGAAAAACAAAAAAACAAACAAAAAAAAAAAAAACAAAAAAAAAAAAAAGCAAAGCAGAGCAGAGCAAGGAACAAACUACAUAAAAUUAUCCCUCCUCAGUCAUUGCCAGUGCACUAGAAAUAAUAAGGGGUCACUAUCAUGACAAAAACCGGCGCUAGGAGGUAGUAUGGAGUAAGCAGCAUUGUUAAACUGCACUUAAAAGUCAAGCAUUUACAGGGUGUUUUUAGGAAGGGACCCCACACUUUCUGGAAUUCCCCAUUUGAUUGCUGAAGUGAGUAUCUAAUUUUCUCCAGUCUUAAGCAAGACAUAAUGUCUUCUGACCACUGUGCAUGAGUUGGGGGGAAUACAUAAAAUGUUUUAGACACUAGAUGGUGCUGUUGGAGUAGUUAGGGACAGAUUCCAUCCCCCAGAAGAUCAUGACUGCUUUGACAACUUUACUGGUGUGCCUCAUUCCUAGUGGGAACACAUAAUGCUAUAAUAUAGCCAACCCCACUCUACUCCUAUGACAAAAAACUAUGUGCUGGGUAUUUUUGGUUUAUUUGGAAAAGGUCUGAAUUGAGCUGCAUUUAAGGCCUUUUUUGGCUUCUUGUUAUUCAGACUUUGGCUGGUUUUCCGUCAUCUGCAGGAAAACACAGAUUGGAUAAGGGAAACAAGCAGGCCUCUUAUUAUUUCAUAGAGGUGAUAAAAAACAUUCAUGCAGCCUCAAUUGUACACAGCUGACCAGCAAAGCAUGUAGAUAUAAAAAUAGUACAGAUUUAACACAAUUGUUCAUUUAGGAUGGGCGUAAUUUCCUUUAUUUGAUUCAUACUUGUUUCAAUCAUGAUUUUCAGAGGAUUAGCUAAGGUGUUUGUAUUUAUUUUGACCAGAAGAGACAGAGUGACUGAACAAACUCCAACUACUAGGGCUUUAUGACUGUGAAAGAAUCACAUUUAUGUAAAGAAAUAUUUCUGUUAACUGUAAUAAUUCAAGUUUUAAAGGUGAUACACAAUUUGUAUGUGUUUGUACAAAGAGGGAACAUUUGGAGGUAUGAAUACACCAGUGCAUGAUGGUCUCAGAAUGUAGGUGGGAGGACAGGAAGUGGUGAGUUUGUCACAAGAGAAGCCAACAGCACACACUACAGCAUUUGAUUGAAGGUUCCAGGUUAUGAACAUGUCAAACCUGAGUGAUACCUUGAUGCACAGCUUUUUACUGAUAUUUACCUUGUGUACAAUUAGUGGCAUCCAUGGAAAAGGUCAAGGCUUGAUUCCUUCAUGUGAAGUUGAGGUGAUUUUGCGAUGGGGCUUAACGUGUGAAACUGCGCCACAACAAACUCUGACAGUCGACUGUCCUGUCAAACACUGUGGAGAACCUCAUCAAGUCGCCUGGUGUAAAUUACUAGAGACAUACGCCUGCGAGGAGAUGAACAACACAGAGGACAUAGAAAUAACCCAGCGUGAUGAAAAUGAUCAGAGGAAUUCAGUCUCACAUUUGACAUUCAGAAGGAUUUCCCUGCAUGAUGACGGCCUGUACAGAUGUGGACCUAAACUACACAAAAAUAUGUUGUUGGGACACAUCAUCAAUGUCUCUGUUUCUGGAAUACAGAGCUACAACCUGAAAAAGGGACAGGAAAUGUCCACCCACAUGAUACCUGGCCUCCCCAGCGGGAACACUUCUGUCCUAGCCAGCCACCUUUCCAUUGUCAAUGACAUCUACUCUCAAAGUACGCCAGAAAUGCUCUCAUCACUGCCAUCCCAGAGGGCUGUUAGGGGUCAGCCUGGGGCAAACACAGCGGGGACGAGCCAAGUUUCAGAUCAUACAGGGUACGCUGUCAUCAAUCCAAAACAGUCUGGGAUACCUGCCACAGGCACUGUCAUCUGUGUUUCAAACCUCUCUGACUCUCCGUAGACAGGUGAAAACAUGGAUGGAAACAUUUAUGCAAGUGUGUGUAGGUGUGAUGUGUGUGAAGACGAGGGCUAAGCAGUCAACCGCAUCUCAGUCAGUGUGAAUAGAAACAGCUUGAGGUGACACGCAGUACAUCGUGUCAACUUUAAUUAAACUGUCCACAGCAGUGCAUUCACUCACACCGCACUACAGUACAGGAAAUGCUUGUGUCUGUCUUGAUAACUGUUUUUUUUUUCCUCCUCUUAACGUGACUUGGAAGGAUUAUUCCAUUUUAUAAAACUGUGUGUGCUAAAGCUUUGACAUAUUUUUACCAUAACUAGUAAUUUGGUGCAUAUGUACUCGCAAGAUAUUUUUUUAAUAAUUCUGUGUCUGAGUUGUUGCCAUGAGGACUUAUUUUUUUAUUACAUGUUGUAUUCAGAUGUCCUAGAAAGGAUUUUUUUUGCUUUUUGCCUUUGACGGUGACUGGAUUUUGUGCUUUGAUUUUGUAAUAAAUGGCUGCGAGAACAUCUUCAAACAGAGAAAUGACAGGAUAAGAAAACACACACAUGGUACUAGUCUAUACUGUAAAAACUGAAACUGGAAAGAAUAUCUACUCAAUAAGUGAAAUAAAAAUAUUCACUCUAAUAACAUAGAAUAAAGCUAGUUUUAACACAUUAUGAAUUGAACAUUUAUUGAUAAAAUUUUCACGAUAAGACUAGACUUUAACCCAUAAAGACCCAGUGUUGUUUUUGUGGCAGUUCCCAAAUGAUUUUUCCUCUCUAUUUAACCUUUCUUUAACCUCCUAAGA